AGUAUCCAAGCUCAAUACGACCAUGGCGGGCGGCCGAAAGACUCCCGCGAAAGCGCAGCCGGCGCAGCCUGCGACGCGCACGCGCAGUACUGCUGUGCCUCGCGAUGAGGCUUUGCAGAGAUUGCAGGAGGCCUUUGUGGUACUGAAGCAGACGAAGCAGGGCAACGGCCAGGGCUUGGAGGACUGUGCGCGAGCUGUGGGUGCUGAUGAUUUGAUGCGGCACCCCUCCCCAGAUGUGAGGCUUUGGGCGGCGAAAUGCUUGGCGGAAGUCCUGCGGAUCUUCGUCCCAUCGCCACCAGUGGAGAAAGAGAGGAUGCAGCCCGUCUUGGAGCUCUUUUUGGAGCAGUUGGCCUUGCUGAAGGAUCCCAUGGGUCCCAACUACACAGAGGCCUUUGGAUUGCUCGAGCGGCUCACAGAGAUCAGGGGCUUCAUGUUGAUUUUCGACUGCCCAGACCCGGAGUCCGUGAUCAUCUCCUUGGUGACCACCUGCCUGGAAGCAGCUCGAGCCAAGAUGGGAAGCUCCGAUGGCCAGCUGGAGAGUCUGCUCACACCUCUUCUGACCAACAUCCUGGGCGAGGCCGAUGAACUCCCGAAGCACGCCUUGGGUGAGCUUCUGGAGGAGCUCAUGACUAAGCGCAAGGGAGCAGCCUCGUUGGUCCGACGCGUCCUGGGUGGCUUGGCGGAAGGAAGCGCUGCCGUGCCGAUCAACGACUACUUGAACAAGGCACUCUUCACUGGGGAGGAAGAACUGCGCGAGACUGAGAAGGCUCCAGGAUACAAGAUAUCUCAGGAGCGAUUGGAGGGCAUCCUGUGCGCGACCUCCGAGCUCUACUCCAUUCAGCCCUCUUUGGUUGCCAGAGUAUUGCCAAAUCUUCAGGCAGACUUGCAGAAUGUGAAUCCGGAUCGGAGGCGUGCUACUACAGCCGUGAUUGGACAAAUCUUAGCAUAUUGCCAUCCUGUCAGUGAAGGUCAGAACGUCUCCACUUCAGGUCUACAGGACCGCUUUCGGGAUCGUUUGGGGGACGCGGAUGAUGGGGUGCGCAUGACUGCUUUGGAGGGCGCAGCUGGAGUGCUGCAGUCGGCCAUUGCACAAGUGGCAACGGCGCAUCCGGUGGUUGCAGUGGGCGAGUCCUUGCGGGAGAAGAUCCUGGAGCGCUGCUUGGAUCCCAACGAUGCGAUCCGGCUCCGUGCGGUGGAGAUCGUCACCGAAGCGGCACUCGCUUCUGAAGCGGGUGUGCGCUUUCUCUUACCCAUCCUGCCAGACGCUUGCCGCCGCAUCCUGGACAAGAAACCCCGAGUUCGGGAGGCUUGCGCGGAGGCCUCGGCGAAGCUCUACGCGAAGCAUGCCUUGCCCAGGUGGACAGAGGGCAACUACCAGGCAGGACAGGAGCUGAAUUGGAUCCCUCAGUUGUUGUGCGAGGCCUACGCGGCCUUUUGCAGCUCCCGCUUAGGCUACGUGGCGCAGCUGGAGGAGCACAUCGAGCAGCACGUCUUGGGAUGCGGUGCUGGACUGUCCGAAGGCCAGCGGGCCCUGGCCCUCUUGGGCUUCUACAGCUCAGCAGCUCAAGGCACCGAGGCCGCGGUGCACGGCCUACAGACGCUCUUAGCCAAGAAGCGGGAUGCACACCGCGCGCUGCGGAGAUACAUCCAAAAGCGAAGCGAGAAAGCUGCACCUUUGGGCGAAGCUGAUGCCGGCAGCUCCCUGGCCCUGGUCCCACACGAGGUGGCCGCGGCGGAGCCGCACUCACGGCCCGAGGCCAUUGAGUGGCUGGAACAGCUGGGGCGGCUUAGCCCCACCAUGGAUGACAAGUACACCCGUCCUGAGGUUUUGGCGGCACACAUCCGUGCCUUCGACGCCGUGCGGGACAAGGGUUUGUGGAAGCAGCUCGAGAAGUUGCUAGAGCCAGCAGGUCAAGAAAGCACGGCGCAACUGGCUGGCUCUUUGCAAGAGCUCGAUCGUCUCCUGCGAGUGCAUCGCCUCGCAGAGUUGGCUCCGCUGCUGCGCCGGGCACUGGUGUCGACCUGGCUGUUGCCUGAUCAGGUGGCAGAGCUUCUCAACAUUUGGAAGAGCUCUCCUGAAGUCUUAGAUGAGGCCCCAUCUUCUGAGCUUGUGGCUGCUGCAGGGAUUACCAUCGCCAACCUCGCCAAAUCCUUCCCAGGUGCAUUCAUGCCAUUUGUGGGCGAACUGGCCAAACUUCUGCCGGAGUCCUCCGCGGAAGAUGCCAAGGUGAUUCUGCAGACAUUGGCAGCCAUCGCCAAGAGAGCUGAUCUUGAGCCAUCCCAACUUGAGGCUCAAAACCUUUCACAGACGCUUUUGGAGGCCCUCUCCUUGUCAGAGUCCAGUUCUAUGGCAUCUUUGAGUCGCAAAGUGGCCAAGAUCAUGCUUUUGCUCUCGGAGAAAGACUGCUGCCAGGUGUCGUUGGAGCUUUUGAAGUGGGCCGAAGAGAACAAGGAGGCCUCAGAGAGCAAGCUCCAAGCCCUGUCUUUGCAGCUGGCGGCAGCACUUCUGGAGUGGAGCAGGCGUCAUCCCCACUUUCCGCACCUCAGCGUCGAGCCGUGGCUGGCUGAGGCGCGCCGAGUCUUGAGCCAGCCCAAUGGCGAGCGUGACGAGAACACCUCGAUGGUGCAGUGUGCAGCGGCCGAUUUGCUGGCAGCCGCCGGAAGUGCAGAGGACGUGGCGAAGAUCCUGUUGGCGCCCAAGGCUGCGGUUGCGACGGAGGCAUUGGCCCUGACAGAUGGCACUGAGGAUGCAAAAUGGCCUUGGUUCGACCCUUUGCCCGUGCACGCCGCCUGCGCUGCGCUGCGCGCGAUCCGCUUGGGCACCGUCGAGUCGUCCACGCUGCUGCUUGCGCGCAUGGGCGGGCGCUUAGUCGCUGCGAUGGGCACUGGUCGGCCCACCAUCGACCCGGAGAAGUUGUUGCAAUCCUUGCUCACCAUGAAGAGGUCAUCAUCAGCAUCAAAACUGAAGCCUGCUGAACGCUUAAGGGUGUGCACCGCGCUGCCGGCCGUUUUCGCGUUGGCCUCACUGAAGAGACAUCGAGACGCUGCGCAACUGAUGUUGCAAGGGUCCCUGAGAGCUGCGUGGCAAGGUCCCCAGACAGAGCUUUUGGACUUCGCCGUGGCAUGCUUCGUGCAUUUCCUCUCCAGGUUAGACGUGUUCAAGAAGGAGGUGGCCGAAAAGGUGUCGGCUUUUCCGGACAGCAGCAAGGUGGCGGCAUUCUUUUGUGAUGCGCUCCUUCGAUGCGAUGUUCAACACAGCGCAGAGCUCUUGGGUGUGGCCCUACGUGUGUGCGAUCGUGUGCGCUACUUUGUGGACCGAGAGGAUCCCAGCAGUGACGCGGUGCACCGUGCGGGCUGCGUGCUGCGCUACGUGUGCGAGAAGCGUUGCCCAGAGUUGGGGCUGCAGGGGGCGCAGCUGCUGCAGGGCGCGGCCAGAGGCAGCAUGCCAGCACAACUCUUCGCGAUUCGUCCUUCUUCUGGCCGACCGGCGGCGAAUAUUGCGCUGCAGGACUCACCAGACCGCCCCGUUGGCGUGGCGCCAGCGGCUGCGCUCAAAGAUCCUGAGGUUGCCAAGGCCGGCGCAGUCGUGGCGCAGGGCGCCCAUGCUGCCCAGGCCCUGGCCACACCACAACGGCGGCCCAGCUUGCUGAAGCGGGCCACCCCCUCGGGGGAGUCGCCGGGAGCAGCCUCUUCAGGCAGCGGGAAGCGCAGCGUCACGGGAGAAGCCGUGGCUGCAGCUUUGAACGCGCAAUCUAAGCUGAAACGGGCAAGGAAGUCCAAAGUGGCCUGAUGAACACUGCCCGGAAUCGGGCCUUGCCCUGGCAAGUUGGUUGAUGAUGGACUAAUUAGUUAUACAUAUAAAGAAGUUCUGAAAGCUCUUCGGCGUCGCCAGCAACU